CGUGCCCCUUGCGCCCCGGGCAUAAAAGUUCCUCACUCUCCGGGCCGGUACCCCUUCUGGUCCUCGCACAGACCCAGAAAGAAGCAACCAUGGUGCUGUCUCCCGCUGACAAGACCAACAUCAAGGCCGCCUGGGACAAGGUUGGCGCCCAUGCCGGCGACUAUGGCGCAGAGGCCCUGGAGAGGAUGUUCCUGAGCUUCCCCACCACCAAGACCUACUUCCCCCACUUCGACCUGAGCCACGGCUCUGCCCAGGUCAAAGGCCACGGCAAGAAGGUGGGCGACGCCCUGGGUAACGCCGUGGCCCACAUGGAUGACCUGCCCGGCGCCCUGUCCGCCCUGAGCGACCUGCACGCCUACAAGCUGCGUGUGGACCCCGUCAACUUCAAGCUCCUGAGCCACUGCCUGCUGGUGACUCUGGCCUGCCACCACCCCAAUGAGUUCACCCCUGCCAUCCACGCCUCCCUGGACAAGUUCAUGGCCUCCGUGAGCACCGUGCUGGUCUCCAAGUACCGUUAAGCUGGAGCCGCGGCCAUGCCUGCCCUGGGUCGGGGCCCCUUGGCGCUCCUCCACCCGCACAUCCUGAUCUUUGAAUAAAGUCUGAGUGGGCUGCA